AUGCGGGGGCUGGGCCUCCAAACCCGCCCCCGCUCGGGCCUCAGGGAACCGCCGACAGCCGCCCGCAGCCCUAGCCCCACAGCGGUCGGCGCCCGCGGCCCCAACUGGACUACCAGAGCGGCGACGAACAGACGCGGAAACUCACGCUCUCUGACGGCCCGCCUGCGUCCCCACGUCUACGCGAGCAAGUACGUCAUCACGCACGAGCGCCGGAUCCCGGACGCUCCAGGUCCCGGCGACCUGGGGGCGGGGAGAGAGAGUGUGGUUGAUAUUGCGACGCCGCUCCUACUGCAGUCGCCCAACAGGCGGGCCACGGCGCAUGCUCAGUUGCGCGCACGUGCGUGCUCUUCUUCGCUGGUUUCCCCGCUGGACCGAGAGCGGAGUUGGUGGCUUGGAGGAGGCUCCUAG